AUGAGGUGCAAGAAACAUUUACCGGACCUCACCAGCACCCUCGGCGUCUGCGCCUCUUGUCUCCGGGAACGCCUCGAACCUCUCGCCGAGGCCCAAGCCCAAUCACCCCAUCCUGCCACCGGAAAAUCUGAUCCCAAUCAUCCUCCGCCGCCGCUCAAUCUCCCUCCCUCGGUUUCACCCUAUGUUACUCGCCGGAAAAGCGACCGCGACCGCCGCCAGGAGCGGUUAUUCCACAGCGUGCCGGAGGUCGGCCAAGGAUUCUCCCCAGCGUGCGACGGCGGAGCAGCGGCGGCGGCGUCAAAGAAAAGGAUCGGAAGGUUCUGGAUCUUGUCAAGCCUUUUCCGUCCAAGAUCGAACAAGACAACGGAGGAGGAGGAUUCAUCUCGUGAUUCCUACGAACCUUCUUCAUCAGCGUCUCCUCCGCUGUCAUCGUGGUUCUCCACGAUCCUCCCUGCUCGCCGCCAGAACGAUCAACGGAGUUGCCGCCGGCAAUCAGAUCGGGGAUUAUCGCCGGUUGAGACGGUGACGGUUACGCAGACUGAGAGCCCUAAAAUCGACGGACGCGACAGAUCUCCACCGGGAUGCUCAUCGGAAUCUUCGCCGCAGCGGCGGCACCAAACGCCGACGGUGGCGCGGCGGUCGCGGUUUUGCCCUGCCGGGAAAAGCUUAACGAACAUCGCGUUUUGCUUGAGCCCGUUGGUUCGGGCGAGUCCGAACCGGAGGUGGGGCCAUAAGGGGUUGGCUCAGGAACUGAGUGGAGGUUUGGGUGGGCCCCAACAUAUAUCCACUGCGGUUUCUUAUUGUGCUAACCGGUCAAGGAAGCUUGCAGAUUUCGGAAGAGUUGCCCACAACCGUUGA